AUGCACGCCCCUGGCCCGCGGCAAUCGGUGGUCCAACCUGGCGAGCCAUUCCUCGACGAGAAUAACAACAUCUUGGGAUGCCCGCUGCACGCCUGGUCUGUGCCCCCGGACGCGUGGGCCGAAAGUAUUGCGACAGUCCCACGCAAAGGCAAGCGUCAGGCUCGCCUUAUGCACGUAUUUUCGCUCAGCGCCACAUGUCUAGGCUCCGCUGUGGCCGUUGGAAGCCGACAUGGUGGCAUGCCCAUGGGCAUGGAUAUGGACAUGGACAUGGGUAUCGACUUCCCCAAAUCCCUGUCCAAGCCUUCGGCCACCAUCUCUACCGACUAG